AUGUGGAAACAACCUCCUCCUGCACAGAACAUGGGCCAGAAGGUCUCACAUGAGGAUGACCAGGAGAGCAAGGCUGAAAAUCUCUUCAUCUGUGAAGUCUUCAGCCAAGGCGUGGUCCGUGCAUCUCAAAGGCUGAGGGACUAUCUUGGCUUCGUGGAUCCUCAGAGCAAAUUCCAGCCGGCCACAAACACGCUGAGCGAGAUCUUCUUGGUCAACUUCAUCAGCUUCUGUGUGGAAAAAGGAGUGGAGGAACACAUCACGACCAGCAAAAUGACCAAGCAGCAGUCCUCCCUGUUCGGGGUGGACUGGAUCUGGACCCUGUCUGGAGCUGACAAGCAAAUCCAGCUUCAGCUUGCCGUGCAGGCUUUGCAGCUGGCUGAGCUGCUCCGCGGCGAAGGCGGCCCGGCCGAGACGCCGGAGGACUGCUGCCAGGAAGCCGCCUUCCAAAAUAUGAGCAGGUUUGAGAAGCUGGCCGAGUUCUGCUGCCUGGUGGGGCAGGAUUGCCUGGGUUUGUUCAUCGUGUUUGGCGUGCCAGGGAAGCCCAAGGACAUCCGAGGAGUCCUGCUAGACAGCAUUGCCAAGGAGGAGCAAAAAUGCUGCCUGUCGGGCAGGAAUGUGCUGGGGCAAUUUGUCACCAGUACUGACAGCUUCCUCCCCACAAAAGACAUGUUGGAGAACUGCCUCGGUGCAAAAAACAGACCAAAGGAGGUGGGCAACGUGUACAUAAGCUUUCUGUAA